UAUCAAGUCCUCUUUUACGGGUGCAUAAAUAUUAAUUCUAAUUAUUUUUAUUUUUUUUGAUAUAUUUUUUUCAAAGGAGCGGACUUAGCCUCUGUUUACUUGGAGGCGUGGAAAGUAAAAUUAGAGAAACUUUUCCAUAAUAAAAAAUAAAAUUACAUAAAUCUCCAAUCCACCCUCCACCGUAAGGUAGGUUUUAUUUUCCCUCUUUCUCUCUUCCGCCGCCGCCCCCCAGCCAUUCUCUUUAUCUCUGCCGCCGCACUGUUCUUUUCCCGGCGACCUCUUCUCGAGCAGUCGCACCCACCCAACCGUCGAGUAUUUACGUCCAGCCAUCGUGCGUAGUUCUCAGCAUCUUCCGGCAAACCGACAACAACGUGGUCCGACGUUCCUAGGUCGGCAGAGCUCCACGGUCGGGACUGGUUGCGGAUUAUUGGAAGUCAUUUUCUUUUUGUUUAUUGUGAUCCAUUGCACACCAGAAAUCAAUAAAUUAUGUCUUCUUUUAGAAAUGCUAUCCCUCGGAAGGCUCACAAAGAGCGAGCACAACCUCAAGAUAGGAAGAAGUUUGGGCUUCUCGAGAAGCAUAAAGAUUAUGUUGUCCGAGCACAGGCAUUCCACCAGAAGGAAGAGACUCUGAGGAAAUUAAGGGAGAAGGCAUCUUUUAAAAAUCCAGAUGAAUUCUAUUUCAAGAUGGUUAACACACGAAUGCGUGGUGGGAUUCAUAUUCCAAAGAGUGAAGCAAACAAGUACACACCUGAACAGCUCAUGCUUAUGAAAACUCAAGAUAUUGGUUAUGUCCUUCAGAAAAUUCAAAGUGAAAAGAAGAAAAUUGAAAGGCUAAGUUCUGCUCUUCACACACUAGAUCAUCAGCCAGGGAACAAGCAUGUUUACUAUGCUGAGGAUAGGGAAGAAGCCGAAGAAAUACAAUCUAGAUCACUGCAAAUGAGCAAUACAGUUGCUUCUCUAAAACUUCCCAAGGGCAUUGUUAAGAAAACAGCUGCAUCUUACAAAGAGUUGGAAGCAAGGAAAACAAGGGUUCAAGAACUUGAAAAGAUAUACUCAGACAUGGCUUUGCAAAAAGAAUUGCAGAAACCAGGGAGAAAACGCAAACUUCGUGAAGAUGAAAUUGUGCAGCCAACAAAUCGACCCGUUUACAAGUGGCGUGCAGAAAGAAAACGUUAAGGGAUCAGUCUAAGGAAGCCCCCUAGAUUAACUAGAUGAUGUGAAACAAGUUGCUGGUCUGAGAAAAAAGAUUGAACUGAAAGGAAACAUUGUUUUGGUUGAGAUUAUGGUUAUUUUUUUCGAAAUUAGUAUUACCUUUUCUGUUGUGCUGUUGUGCGACUAAAGGUAUCAUUAUGUGAAGUAUAAAAAUUUAGAUUUUCGUUUU